CUAGCUUCUUUUUAGCAUACCAGUAACUUGACGUGUUUGUUUUGCGACAUACGGAGUUCCUUUUUGGUACACUACUAGAUCUACACAUCAAUUCAAGCAGCCAUUUCCUGAAAAGUGUGCCGAACGAGCCCAUCCGGAGGAGAUGGCAGCGUCUUCUUCGUCAUCCUCUGCGGGAGGAGUGAGCGGCAGCUCGGUGACUGGCUCCGGGUUCAGCGCUUCAGAGCUCAUCCCUCCGAGAAAAGUGCUGUACACAUAUCCAAAGGGUGCAGGGGAGAUGAUGGAAGAUGGUUCUGAUAGAUUUCUAUGCGAGUCUGUAUUCAGCUACCAAGUUGCCUCAACACUGAAACAAGUUAAACAUGAUCAACAGGUAUCUAGAAUGGAGAAACUUGCAAGCUUGGUGGAGGAGCUGGAGGCAGACGAGUGGCGCUACAAACCUAUUGAACAGCUGCUGGGAUUUACACCAUCUUAAAACUAUUCCGAUGCCUUUGGUUUAUUAUUGAGCCAAAUAGAAUGGAAAACACAGGAAUGUUUCAUUUUAUCUCAUCGAUCAUGACUGAAUGGGUAAAUGCUAAGUAUGAAAUGUUUCCUGCAGAUAAGGAAUGUGAGAUGUGAUGUUUUAUUAUUUUUACAGAUGCAUGUUUGAGUUGUUAUUCUUUACCCCAUGUAUAUUAUAGCAACAGUUUUCUAGUAAACCUUCUUGUAUAAAGUGAUAACUUCAUACAAUUCAGCUUUUUGUAAUAGAUCAAUUUGUUUUUCAUGUCCUUGAAGAUGCUAAGAGGGUGUUUUUAAGGCACAGCCUAUGUGAUGUAAUAAACUGCUGGAAGUGGAGUGUUUCCACAUAACUGUGGUGUGACUCCUAAAUUUUGGAACCCGCUGUUUGGUCAGGCUCUUCGCUUCGAUCUCUGCUCCCUCGCUGUUGCUCUCCGUUCAAACAAAACACAGAGAACUUGUAA